CUCCUUUAUAAUGCGCUUGUGGACGUCUAACGUAUAUUCCAUCAUGAACAUUUUCGGUGUGUAAAUAUUUACGUAAUUUAAAACUUUUACGUUUUGAAAGGUCCAUAAAAGAACGCUACUAACAGAGGAAACUGAAAGGAAUGAACCCAUAUCGAGAUUUAGACCAAAUCGCGAUCGACAAUUUCCGAAAAUACUUACGAAUACCUACGGUCCACCCCAACGUGAAUUACGAUGAAUGCGUCAAGUUUCUCCAGGGAUUGGCGAAUGACUUGCAGUUGGAUUGUCAAGUAAUUACGAUUGUCCCAAAGAAGCCCAUCGUAGUAAUGACGUGGAUUGGAAAAAACGCUAACAUACCUACCAUCCUACUUAACAGCCAUAUGGACGUCGUGCCAGCAUUUGAGGAAAAUUGGGUUCACAAACCAUUCUCUGCGGACAUCGACGAAGAGGGCAACAUUCACGCCCGUGGUGCUCAAGACGUUAAAUCCUUAGGUAUACAGUACUUGGAGGCCAUCCGACGUUUAAAAAGGUUUGGUUAUCAACCACGCAGAACUAUACACGUGUCAUUUGUUCCUGACGAGGAGUUGGGCGGGACUGACGGUAUGAAAGUAUUUGUCAAAAGUGAAGCUUUCGAAAAGCUAAGAGUUGGUUUCGCCAUGGACGAAGGCAUUCCAGACGAACACGAGUUCUGGGUUUAUUACGGAGAAAAAGUGUCUAGACGUCUGAGCAUUCACUGCACUGGCCAGGGUGGUCAUGGUGGCCUUUUGUUGAGUAAUACCGCCGGAGAGAAGAUGACUAACAUAUUGAAAUACUGUUACAACUUACGAGAGGCUGAAAAUUUGAAAGUGGGCCAAACUGGAGAAGCCGAUGACGUCGUUUCGAUUAAUCUGACUAUGAUGGGGGGUGGUGUACAAGCAAACGUAAUUCCAUCGGAGUUUGUUCUCACCUUUGAUGCCAGAGUUCCACCAGGUAGAGACUUACAACAGUUUGAAAACACUGUACGCGAAUGGUGUAAAAGGUCAGGGGGUGGUGUUUGGGUUGAAGAUUUCCCAGUAGACGACCACGCACCGUCCACUCAACUUGAUGACAGUAACCCGUUUUGGGUUGCUUUCGGGAAUGUAACAACUAAUAUGGGAGUUACAGUGAGGAAGAAAGUGUUGAAUGCGUCCUCUGAUGCCCGGUACCUACGAAGUGCUGGCGUACCUACCAUUGGAUUCUGUCCUCACCCACGGACUCCAAAUAGAGCACACAAGGACAAUGAGUUUAUGAACGUAACUGCACUGAUUGAUGGAAUUGAAGUUUUCCAAAAAAUUUUGCCUGCGAUAGCCGAUGUUUAAAAGACCAAUAUAACAGCAUACGUGUAAGCCGCGUUUCAUUCUCGUUAAUUCUAAUGAUCCAAAUUCAGUCUAAACGAAAGAAAUAAUUUUAUCCAAUACUUCCAUUAGCUUCUAAAUA